AUGGAGGCGUGUGUGCGUCUUCCCGUCAUCCAGAGAGCCGACUUGGCGGCAGACUCUGGCACCGCACUCGCGGACCGCAGGCAGCUUACCUCUUACCUAAAAAUCCUUCGCGGACUCAGGGCCGGCAAGGCGGCAAAGGGUGGCAAGGGCGGCGGCAAGGGCGGUGGCAAGGGUUGUGGCCGUGUGGCGCACCAGACCCACUUUGCGCCGCCGCCCUCAACGCCCGAUACUCGGUUGAGCCGGCGGAGCGACGGCGGCAGAGUUGCGGCCGCCGGCGACCUCACACGGCGUCGAGCGCCGUAG